CUGCCGCACGAAAGUGAACGUCAAAGUCCAAGUGGCACGAACGGGAAGAGAGGCAGGAUAUACAUUUACAUUUGGUGUACUUUUUUGACAAACACUGUUCCAAUAAAAGGACUGUGGUUCUUUUCCUUUCGACUUUAUAUAUAUGUAUAUGUAUAUAUAUAUAUGUUACUGUAAGUUUCCAUCGGUUUUACACAAGUGGAGAUACUUCAUCUUUACUGGAUAUCGAACUCUGUCUGCUUUAAUAGCGGACACAAAAAAACAAAACUAAAAUGGCUUGUCUACUACUGGCUUGUUUUUUGACGUUUAUAUCAGCAAACCUGGUGGAACCAUCUGGCAAUUUUGAACUGAAAGUGCACUCGUUCGAUACCGCCCGGAAUGACUGCAGAAAGUCCAAAGAGUGUCAGAUCUUUUUCCGAGUGUGUCUGAAGCAUUCGCAGGAUGUGAUCUCCCCCGAACCGCCCUGCACCUACGGGACGGGAAUAACCGAGACUUUAAGCCCAAGUGCCGUCUCCGCCAGCGCACCUAUCAGGAUUCCCUUUAAUUUUAAAUGGCCGGGGAUAUUUUCGCUCAUCAUCGAAGCGUGGAUUGCCGAAUCCCCCGAUCAGUCCACAGAUAACCAGAAUAAUCUGAUAAGUCGCUUGGCGACUCGUAGGAGACAUGCUAUUGACCAGGACUGGUCUCAGGACGUGCGUACUGGGGACCUGCGUUAUUCGUAUCGUGUUGUCUGUGAUGAGCAUUAUUACGGCGACAGCUGCUCUGAUUACUGCCGUCCGCGUAACGACACGUUUGGACAUUAUACAUGUGACAAGGCUGGAAAUCGAAUUUGUUUGGUUGGCUGGAAAGGCGACUAUUGCUCAACACCCAUCUGCUCCUCUGGCUGCAGUGACAAGCACGGUUACUGUGAUUCCCCGGGUGAGUGCAGGUGCCUUCUGGGCUGGAACGGCUCAUUGUGCGACGAGUGUCUGCCGUAUCCAGGCUGCCUGCACGGCACCUGCGGUCGGCCGUGGCAGUGCAACUGCAAAGAAGGCUGGGGAGGGCUCUUCUGCAACCAGGACCUGAACUUCUGCACAAACCACAAGCCCUGCAGGAAUGACGCUACCUGCACUAAUACCGGCCAAGGCAGUUACACCUGCACCUGCAGACCAGGCUUCAGUGGCAAGAACUGUGACAUAGAAAUCAAUGAGUGUGACAGCAACCCCUGCAAGAAUGGAGGCAGUUGUAAUGAUAUGGAGAAUGACUACUCCUGCACAUGCCCCCGAGGCUUUUAUGGAAAGAACUGUGAGAUUAUUGCCAUGACCUGCGCUGAUGGUCCUUGCUUUAAUGGGGGCACCUGCACGGAGAACGCCAACAGGGGAUACUCGUGCUACUGCCCCUCCGGCUACAUGGGAUUCAAUUGUGAGAAGAAAAUUGACCGCUGCAGCAGUGACCCGUGUGCUAAUGGUGGUCAAUGCCUUGAUUUGGGACACACUGUACUGUGUCACUGUCGAUCAGGCUUUACUGGUCAACGCUGCGAGACCAAUAUUGAUGACUGUGCCCAUAACCCAUGCCAGAAUGCUGGCACAUGUGUGGAUGGCAUCAAUGAUUACAGCUGCAUGUGUACCUUGGGCUAUAAAGGGAAAGACUGCAGCGUGAGAGAGAAUGCAUGCAGUACGUAUCCCUGCCAGAACGGCGGAACGUGCUAUACCCAUUUUACCGGUCCUGUCUGCAAGUGUCGCCCGGGAUUCAUGGGCUCUCGAUGCGAAUUCAGCUUCAAACCUACUCUGCCGCCCAUCGACAUACUGAGCAAGAGUUUUCCACUGGCCCUUGCUGUCAGCUUCAGCCUCGGCCUCAUUACCUUGACGCUGGUGGUGUGCGCUGCCGUUCUGAUACUGCGACAGAUGAAGAAGAAGCGCAGUAGCCCAAGUACAUCUGUUCGCAACGAUCUGGACAAUAUCAACAACAGAGGCCCGCCGUUCUAUAGAGAGAAGGAGGCCUUUCUUAUCCCUGGCGGCCCUUACAAGGUCUCCAACAAGGAUGCUGAGCUCUGCUCCACAGAUGGCACCAACGACCAGGCUGGUUUUAGGCAUAAACGACUGGACCGCAACUUGGCGCACGCGGAGAAUCACGCCAAGAGCAAACUGGACCUAAAGAAAUCCGACUCCUCUAGUGUGUUGGUUCCCACAAAAAGCUUCCUAAAAGACUGCUUGUAUCAUCCAGUAUAUAUAAUUCCUGAACAGAUGGAACAGUGCAUUUUUGCUACUGAGGUGUAAGAGUUUCAAAAUCGAGAGAAGCUCAGCCUUAACGGAAACUCUCCUAGGAUGUUUACAUUUUUGGAAAGACACAUAUAAUUAAGAACUUAGUAGAGUUUUGGCUAUAUCCAUCAACUUUUUAAUAUUUAUUAAUUUAUUUAUGCUGCUCAUUUUUAAAAGGACUACUUGCAGAGGACUAAAUCUGUUCUGAAGCAAGAAAAGAGGGAGUAGGAAGGGAGAAGGACCACAGGAAUUUUGGCCAGAAAUAUUUGCACUACUUUUGUCCCCAUUUUUCUAAACACCGUAAAUAAAAAGAAGAAAUAAGAAAUAACAUUCCACCCAAGAUGCGUAGAACCAAGGAUUAAAGUUUAUACGUCUGCAACCUCAAAGAUCAGAAUCUCAGCACGGUGCCCUUUGCUCCAAUUCUCUGAACGAAAGGGGUCUGUGAUCCCUGUGAAACCAAACAUUUAUUUAUUUUUAAAAAAACGUUGUGCUGAAAAUAAAAAAACUGUCCAUCCAUAAGUAAGAUUGUGGUGUACGAGGACAGAUUUUUAUAAAAAGUCGAAAUACGGAGAUUUUUGCCUAAUUGUGAUAAUAAUUCUGUAGGAGAUGCAUAUGUAGACUAAUUAUUUUUGUAUACAAACCAGCAUUUGGGAGUAUAUAUUUUUAUACAAACAGAGCGCCAGCUAGCUGUGAAUUAACGUCUCCUUCCACGUACAAAUGUUUUGUACUUGACUUCAGCAGUGCUGUUUUAUUCUGUGUGGACAUAUUUUGUCCAGUAUGGGUGAAUUUUGUACUAAGCUUAUUAUACUCGAGAGAAGCAUUUAACUAACGACAGUAUCACUGUUCAUUUGUACUGUGUUUUGGUUUCUCUAUAUGGCCAGUAUGAUGCCUCGAGCCUUAAAUGAUCCACGGAGGACUCAGAAAGUUGGGUGUUUUUUGUCUUUCUUUUCAUUUUAAAACCAAAUAGACUAUUUUAAAAAUGUUUUCCUAAUUUUUUAUAAUCUCUUUAUUUAAUUUAAUAAUGCAAUGUGUAUAUAAUAUUUUUUCCAUAUAAUUUAAUUCUGUAAAUAUGGUGUAUUUAUGAAGAGAAUUGUAUAUAUGUCUAUGUUAUCAAACAAAUUCAGAAACAUCUAUUUUUCCUAAAAAUAAACUGAAGAAUGCAGAA